AUGCCAGGCGUAGUUACGGUUGAUACUAAGCCUUUUGAAGGACAAAAACCGGGUACGAGCGGUUUACGUAAAAAAGUGAAAGUUUUUGCCCAAGAACAUUACACAGAAAACUUUAUACAGAGUAUUUUAAAUGCAAAUAAGGACUCUUUGGUUGGUUGUACCUUAGUGGUAGGUGGUGACGGCAGAUAUUUGGUGAAGGAGGUUGUUGACAAAAUUAUAAAAAUUUCAGCUGCGAAUGGGGUAGCAAGACUUCUAGUUGGUCAAAAUGGUAUUCUCUCUACUCCAGCUGUAUCAUAUCUCAUCAGGAAAUACAAAACUCUUGGAGGUAUCAUCCUCUCAGCAUCCCACAACCCUGGUGGCAUAGACAACGACUUCGGUAUCAAGUUCAACUGUGCCAAUGGAGGCCCGGCCCCUGACGCCACCACUAAUCAAAUAUAUGACAUCACUACAACGAUAAAACAGUACAAGGUUGUACCCGAGAUUAAUUGCGAUAUAAGCAAGAUUGGAGUAUCCAAUUUUGAUGUAAACGGCAGCAAGUUCACCGUGGAGGUGAUCGAUUCUGUGAAUGACUAUGUGGCGUAUAUGAAGGAGAUUUUCGACUUCAGGCAGAUCAAGGCUCUCAUCCAAGGCACUCCUCAGAGGAAGCCUUUCAACGUUCUUAUUGACGCCAUGAGCGGAGUAACUGGGCCGUACGUGAAGCGGAUAUUCAUUGACGAGUUGGGCGCGAAGGAGAGUAACGUUCGUCGUAUCGUCCCACUGGAAGACUUUGGGGGCGCCCAUCCGGAUCCAAACCUUACGUAUGCUGCUGACCUUGUAAACGCUGUGAAGGGUGGAGAUUAUGAUCUAGGAGCAGCUUUCGAUGGAGAUGGUGAUCGGAACAUGAUAAUCGGUCGCAACGCGUUCUUCGUAACACCAUCAGACUCUCUGGCAGUUCUAGCGAACAAUCUGCACCACAUACCUUACUUCCAGCGCUCUGGAGUACAAGGGUAUGCCCGGAGUAUGCCCACUGCUGCGGCUGUGGACAGGGUCGCAGCCGCCACGGGUAAAGAGAUGUUCGAAGUACCCACAGGCUGGAAAUACUUCGGUAACCUAAUGGACGCUGGUCGUUUGUCUCUGUGUGGAGAAGAGAGCUUCGGCACGGGAUCGGACCACGUGCGAGAGAAGGACGGCAUGUGGGCCGCUCUCGCCUGGCUCUCGGUGAUCGCUGCGACGUCACAGUCCGUUGAAGACAUUCUGAAGUCGCAUUGGGCUCAGUUCGGACGGAACUAUUUUACAAGGUACGAUUAUGAAGAAUGCGCCAGCAACCCAUGCAAUGAGAUGAUGCAGUGCCUUGAGAAGACCAUCACGUCACCAGGCUUCGUGGGCUCGUCGCACAGCAGCGGCGACAAGACCUACGUGGUCAAGUUGGCUGACAACUUCUCUUAUAUGGACCCCAUCGAUCAGAGUGUUGCGAUGAAACAGGGUCUGCGCAUAAUCUUCGAAGAUGGCUCUCGAAUUGUAUUAAGACUGAGCGGUACUGGCAGUUCAGGGGCCACCGUCCGGUUAUACAUAGACUCGUACGAAGCGGAAAACGUUUUGGGUGACGCACAAGUUAUGUUGAAGCCACUUAUCGACGUGGCGUUAAAAAUCUCACAACUACAGAAGUACACGAGACGGGAAGCGCCCACCGUCAUCACAUAA